CCUCCAAUCACACGCCAAACCAUGAAGCUCAGAGCUUGUCAGAUAUUCGUGUUAGUUGCCCUCUUGGGGAUACACGCCCUGGAAGCGGUAGUUGUUGCCGGCGGCGGUGGACAUCAGCAGUUGCACAACAAUAACCGGAAUGGCUAUCGAUACAAUGGACCCGCCCACAAGUACUUGCCGGUGGAGCAGCCAGAACAUCAUCAGGAGCAUCAGGAUCAUCAGCAGAAUGGUUACAAUGGACCCUAUAACUCCCAGCACUACCAGGAACAGAGGCAGCAGGGCGGCAAGGAGCAGGCCUGGCAGCCGGUCUUCUCCCAGGGUGUCUCUCAGGGACAUCAGAUAUCCGGAGGACAGCAGUCACAUCAUCAGAUUCAUGAAGGUCAUCAGAUCCAGGGAGGACAAUACCAGCAGCAACAUCAUCACAACAACGAACACUCCUAUGAACCUGUGUCUUCCCACCAUUUCGAAGGAGAAUCCUGGAACUCCCAUCAGGGACAGCAUGGACAUCACUCCCAGUCUGGACAUCAAGGCCACCAGAAGGUAGAGUCCUGGCCCUCGAACCAGGUCCAGUAUGAAACCCAACGAGGAGAGUCGUGGCAGACCAACCAAGGUCAUCAGGGCAGCCAAAGGGGAGAGUCUUGGCAGUCGCAUUCUGGCCAACAUGAUAACCAAAAAGGACAGUCCUGGAACUCCCAACUGGGCGGAGAAUCCUGGCAGUCCAACCAAGGACAUCAGGGCAACCUUCGUGGUGACUCUUACGGCUCUCAUUCCGGACACCAAGGCAACCACCAGGAAGAAUCCUACAGCUCCCAUUCCGGACACCAAGGCCACCAAAGACAAGAAGGACAGAAGGGCGGAGAGUCCUGGAACUCGCAGCGUGGCGAAUCCUGGCAAGGUCACCACAAUGGCCAGGAAAACCAGUAUCGUGGAGAUCUCUGGCAGCCCAUCCGAGAGUACGACCUGGAGAAACUGCCCUCUGCCGAGGCGCAUGCUUCUAGCCACAAAACCUUUGCCAAUCCCGGCAAGAACUCGAAACUAGUGCCAGCCUAUACCCUAUCCAGUGACGCCGAGCACGAUCGCUUCAUUGGCCUGGACUCCUUGGACACUCGUCUGUUGUCCCAAUCCCUGCCAGAUGCCUACCGUAAAGUGCCCUUUACCUCGCCCUCUGGCCCGGCAUCUCAGCGCCAUGAACAGCAACUGGGAGGAUCCACAUCCUCGGGUUACUUGCAAAUGCAAUCCCAUUCGUAUCAGCUGCCCUCCACCCAGAGCACUCACAGGGAGUAUCCCCAGGAGCAGCAGCAACAGCAGCAUUCCGGUAAUCGGCAGUACUCCGCCAAUGCCUAUGCUGUAUCGCCUUCGUAUCUUCAUGGUUCCCAAUCCCAAUCCCCCUCUCCCAAUAGCUUGAAUCAUCCCAGCCGGGAGUUCCAGCCUCCAUAUUACUAA